UCGAACUGUUGGCAGGCCCGCAGCAGACCUCGCACUCGCCACGGUGGAGCACGUGCGCGGCUCCAGCCAUGACCCUCGACCACACCGCCGCACUGCUUGCCGCCAGCUAAUCUCUUCUUCUACCGAGGACUCAAGCCCCUCAACAUUUUUAACCCGGAAUGAUCGAUCGGGAGAAGGCGUUUUUUAUAGUGCUAUUCACUUUGAUGAUUUAUCCAGGUGAUAAUUUAGGUAGAGCCACUCAACCAGAGUUUAACGAGCCUCUCACUAACUUGACUAUCGCACUUGGUCGAGACGCAGUCUUCACUUGCCACGUUAAACAUUUGGGUGGCUAUAAAGUGGGAUGGGUCAAAGUCGAUACAAAAGCUAUUCAAGCAAUUCAUGACCAUGUAAUAACUCAUAAUCCACGUGUCUCUGUAUCUCACCACGAUCAUACAUCUUGGAAUUUACGCAUUUCUGGUGCGCAACUAGAAGAUGAAGGCCAAUACAUGUGCCAAAUUAACACAAACCCAAUGAAAAGCCAGACGGCAUCGCUUCUUAUUCAAGUUCCUCCAGAUUUUAUAAAGGAUCAAACUUCUAGUGACGUGAAUGUUGCCGAAGGAAAUGAUUUAAAGCUACAGUGUCGAGCUAUUGGUAUACCCAUUCCACAAAUCACUUGGCGCCGGGAAGAUCAUAAAAGUAUAAUUAUUCGAGAACCUCUUUAUGAAAAAUCAACUAGCCCUAAUGGCAAAGUUAAAGUGUCUAAAAUAGCGGAAUGGACCGGCGAGGAGCUUUAUCUAAAAAAGAUCACUCGAGACCAAAUGGGCGUGUACUUGUGCAUCGCGUCUAAUGGUGUGCCUCCUGGUAUCAGCAAACGAAUCAUCGUCGACGUAUUUUUUGCGCCAGCGAUACAAGUACUAAACCAAUUAGUCGGCGCUCCUCUUGGCACCGACGUAAGGCUGGAAUGUUUCGUCGAAGCUUCGCCAGUUUUGAUUAAUUAUUGGAUCAAUAAUAAUGGUACUAUGAUAAUGAGCAAUGACAGGAGGUACGACGUUGUGACAACGGACAUUGUGACGGCGAACAGUGGGCCUAGGCAUAAGAAUGCGACCAAAGGCCAUCACAGUUCCCACCCAAACUUCAAUUACAAAGUGAAAAUGACUCUGACCAUUCGCAACUUCACCGGACAAGACAUCGGCACGUACAGGUGUGCUGCCAAAAAUUCUCACGGAGAAGUCGAGAGCAGCAUUCGAUUGUACGUGAUCGAGAACGCGCUGAAGCACAAGGCGCCGAGCGAGCCAGCUUACGUGGAGUCGGACAACGAGUUGGACCACAACCAGCUGCAGCAGCAGUCGAUGGAGCGGCCAGAGUCGCUCGACCACUCGGUCUACUAUGGCGACACGAGACACCAGCAACACCAGCACCAGCAACACUCGGAGCACCGCAAUCGGUCUCGCAGCCAUAGCCACUCUAACUCGGCUGGUGGCCAGGCGAAGUCGCGGGGCAGACGGCCUCCUCACCACCAGCUCGCCGGAGCCAGGGCGACCCAUCAAUCCUCGCUUUUAUCCAGCGCAAGCUUGCUCGUGCCGAUGCUGCUGCUCUGUUGCAGCUGAAACGCGUAAGCCAUUUCUCGUUAUGCAAAGCGCUGUGGGGUCUUGACCCCCGUCACCUCGAUAAUAAUGCUUCGUUGAUCUUUCUCAUUUAUUUUCAUUUACACCAAUUCGAAUAAGGAUCAUCGGUAUAUUUUUCUCGCUGUUCGCGUACAUUCGUAAAAAUUAAAAACUUUCUAAUGCUUUUGAUGUUUAAUCAUUGUGGCGUUUUCAAAAUAGUAGAUAAUCAGGAAUACAGGCGUGAAUAUUCAAAUAUCAAUUAAAAAUUAAAAAUACCAUAUAGAAAAUUUUAUACUUGAUUUUCAUUGGUUAUUUCUAGCAGCAUUUCAUUGCAUUCGAGCGUCAUUUGCUAACUGGUUAUUCAUUUUGAUGGGGAUAAUCAAUCGACUGAUUAAGUGCAAAGUACGUUUUAAUCUUGACUUAUACUAUUAUCUUAUCGCGAGAAACUCCCCUUUCCUCGGAAAAUAUUAAUAAUAGUAGAGAUGCUCAACAUAAUUUGUAUAUAAAGAAGAUAAGAUAAAUAAGUUACGCAAUGAAAACGUGAUGACAUUUUUUUUCAUAUGUUUACGUAAAUUCCUUAAAAAUUCCGACGACAUAUUCAAACUUACGAUGAGCAAAGUUCAUGAUUUAAUACAUAUGUUGCAGGAUUCAAAUUGAACGUUAAACAAUAUAACAUGGGUCUGAUUAAGGUAACUGAUUAUGGUAGACUGAUAAUCAGGUCCAUAAUCAUAGGCCAUAAUCAUCCUUGGUUAAUUGUUGAUCGAAUUUACGGUAUACACUCACUGUCAAUUUUCAUUUGAAUAACUUUGCAACUAAACAAUAUCAUUUAAAAUUAUGUUGGUUACACGACAUCCAUUGCAUAAAUGUAGGACUAUUGUUAUAGUGUGUAUUUAAAUAUUUGCAUAAUACAUUGAUGAAAUGCGUUCGUUCGAAAGUUUUUGUACAUAUAACACUUGACAUCGAACAUGCAAAAAUGUUUCAUAUCAGCGUGACUGAUAAAAAAAAGUGAUCACAGAAAGACUUUGUUACAAUCUUUGUCUAAGAAGCGCAGUGAUUUGGAAUUUUAUUUCAUUAAAUGAUGUUCGAAUAUACUCUUUUACAGGAGCAAUGCGUAUAAUCCGAUCGAAAAAUGUCGAGUUUCUUCUCAUUGGAUUUCGAGUUGUUAGUUUAAAUAGCUUGAAGGUUCCAUUCAAUGCUUCCUAUUCUCGUUGAAUAAACGUUUAUAUACAUUGGGUAAUUGAAAAAUACGAAGACUUGUAAUAAAUAAUAAUAAUCUUAACAAAGCACAACAAGCACGCAAUUUUUAUAAAUGUAACAGGUAUAUAUGAUUGAACGCGUGCUUCCCUUAUUCAGAAAUAAAGAGAGCAAUGGAAAAUCAUUCUCUUCGCCUCUGAUCAUAACUAAUGUAGAGUCUAAGCGAAUAGAUAUUUUAGAGCUAGGUAAAUUGUUCCCUAUUUUUAUUUGAGAAAUGAUGUAUUUAUUGUUAUGCGCUUCGUAUGUAUUGGAAAAUAUAACCUCAAGCGACCAAGAAAGAGAGAGAGAGAGAGAGAGAGAGAGAGAGAGAGAGAGAGAGAGAGAGAUGUGCGAUUGCGAGCAGCGCGAAAAAAGAGCGAUGAGGGGAAAAGAAACGCAUUUGUAACGAAAAAACGUGGCUUAUCGAGACGCGAGCAGGUACUAAUGAUGUUCCGCGAAUUUCGGCUCGGCUACCACUUUACUGCUUCAUGCCGUAAUGAUUGCCCCUGCGAUAUGAGCAAGUGUUCUUUAUGGUGUUAUAUAUAACCGCGUUAGCAACGAAAUACGAAUAGAUAUGAUGAUGAAUUUCAGCCUUUCAAGCCACCAGGAUAAUAACCACUAUAGUUGUGCACCGACUGUCGAGUAACUCUUAUUUUAGCCAAGAAUUCUGGGAAAUGGCAAUUAGGUCAGACGACUAAAAGAAUUUUGAUUUUCCGAUUAGAAAGCUAGAACGAAUAACCAACUUGCCGUGCUAAGAUCUAAUCAAAUUACCGAAUACUAAUGACGUUAAUACGGCAAAUGGUAUAUCCUCUUACUUUUAAUAUGAUUUCACAUGACUUCUGCUAUAAACUGUAAAUCGGCAUUAUUUCUUCAAUUCAGUUUCAUUUACAUGAAUGGAUCUGAUUAACCCAACCGGCUAUUUUUAAAUUACAUCAAAACUUUUCAAAUAAUAAUUAUAUUGACUAUCCUACACUCGCAAGUUAUAAUAUAUCUACGGUACUUUCCGAAUAAUUACAAUAAAAUAUGGAGAUGAUGUAUGAAACGGUGCAAGAUGAAUAAUUUUAGAAACAAAAAUAAAGAGUAUUUUCAACGUAGUUUUUAUCUUUUAGCGGGGAAUUAUUUUUAAACGAACGAUGGCAAAUAUGGAUCCAGAGUACAUGACUUCAUUCGGUUAUUUUCAACUGAAUAUUUCAUAAAGUGCAAACGAUACGGUUGAAUUGGAAAAUAAACUUGGAGUAAAAGCUUCAUCUAGUAAUAAAAAUAUGUAAUACGAAACUGUGAAUGAUUAAAUGGAAUGUUAUUAGAAAUUUGAAUUAAUACAAAUGUGCUGCGACAAGAAAAACGUAUAUGAUAAUUUUUCAUGUAUAAAUGAUGUAAAACUAUGUUAUUUGUUACAUCAGAAAAGCUAUAUAGGGUAACAUUAUUAUAAACACGAGUUAUAUACAAUGAAUGAAUAAAGGUCGUGAUUUGCUUCGGUAUGGAAGCGCAAUAUCAUUGAUGUAAUUAAAGGGAAAAAUGUUAUUGACCUGAAAUACCAAAACGCUGACUGUAUAAAACAAUAUUAUUUGUUGCCAAAUAAAAUUACAAUCUGUAAGUAC